CACAAAGCGGAUCCAAGAUGGCGGAGGCGGGCGCGGGGAGCCUGCACGGGGGGGACGCGGCGGCGGCGCCGGGCCCGGCCGAGGAGCAGGAGCUGAGCCGGCGCCUCCGCCGCCUGUACCCCGCCGUCAACCAGGAGGAGACGCCGCUGCCGCGCUCCUGGAGCCCCAAGGACAAGUACAACUACAUCGGCCUCUCGCAGGGCAACCUCCGCGUCCACUACAAAGGUCAUGGUAAAAACCACAAAGAUGCUGCCUCAGUCAGGGCCACGCAUCCCAUACCUGCAGCUUGUGGCAUUUAUUACUUUGAGGUGAAGAUCGUCAGCAAAGGUAGAGAUGGGUAUAUGGGAAUAGGACUUUCUGCUCAAGGGGUCAACAUGAACAGGCUUCCUGGAUGGGAUAAACAUUCUUAUGGGUACCAUGGUGACGAUGGGCACUCCUUCUGCUCCUCGGGCACAGGACAGCCCUAUGGCCCUACAUUCACAACUGGAGAUGUGAUUGGUUGCUGUGUCAACCUGAUUAACAAUACCUGCUUCUACACAAAAAAUGGCCACAGUUUAGGUAUAGCCUUUACAGACCUCCCUUCAAAUCUCUACCCUACAGUGGGUCUCCAGACUCCAGGAGAGAUAGUUGAUGCCAACUUUGGGCAGCAGCCCUUCGUGUUCGACAUCGAGGACUACAUGAGGGAGUGGCGAGCGAAGAUUCAGAGCACCAUUAAGCGGUUUCCCAUAGGAGACAGACUAGGCGAGUGGCAAGCCAUGCUGCAGAAUAUGGUUUCUUCGUAUUUGGUUCAUCAUGGGUACUGUUCAACAGCAACUGCCUUUGCCAGAGUCACAGACACCACAAUCCAGGAAGAACAGACCUCAAUAAAGAAUAGACAAAGAAUACAGAAGCUAGUAUUAGCAGGCAGAGUGGGAGAGGCUAUAGAAGCCACCCAGCAGCUCUAUCCUGGCCUCCUAGAACAUAACCCCAACCUGCUCUUCAUGUUAAAGUGUCGGCAGUUUGUGGAGAUGGUGAAUGGGACAGACAGUGAAGUACGUUGUUUCAGUGCACGCAGCCCCAGAUCCCAGGACAGUUACCCAGGGUCCCCCAGCUUAAGUCCUAGACAUGGAUCAAACAACUCACAUGUUCAUAGUACUGGAGCAGAUAGUCCAACCUGUAGCAAUGGAGUCAUGUCCACAAAGAGCAAACAGAGCCACAGUAAAUACCCAACACUGAGUUCAUCAUCUUCAUCUUCUUCCUCCUCCUCCCCCUCAUCUGUGAACUACUCUGAGUCCAAUUCUACAGAUUCUACCAAAUCUCAGCAGCACAGUAGUACAAGUAACCAAGAAACCAGACAUCUGGCCUUUCUUUCCUCCUUUCACCUCAGUGACAGCGAGAUGGAAAUGGAGGCUGAGCACUACCCCAAUGGAGUCCUGGAAAAUUCAUCCACCAGGAUAAUGAACGGCACCUACAAACAUGAAGAGAUCCUGCAGACGGAUGAAUCCAGUAUGGAAGACAGCUGCUCCCAGAGGCAGCUCUGCGGAGGGAACCAUGCUGCUACGGAGCGAAUGAUCCAGUUUGGGCGGGAGCUGCAGAUGCUGAGCGAGCAGCUUUGCAGAGAAUAUGGGAAGAACACAAUGCACAAAAAGAUGCUUCAGGACGCAUUUAGCUUGUUAGCUUACUCAGACCCUUGGAACUGCCCUGUUGGUCAACAGCUGGACCCAAUCCAGAGGGAACCUGUUUGUGCUGCUCUUAAUAGUGCUAUAUUGGAAUCUCAGAACCUGCCAAAGCAGCCCCCACUGAUGCUUGCCCUGGGCCAGGCCUCGGAGUGUUUGCGGCUCAUGGCUCGCGUGGGCUUGGGCUCCUGUUCCUUUGCCAGAGUAGACGACUAUUUGCACUAGCCACCAGAGCAAGAUGGAGUUGACAUCGUUGAGUGCUGCCCUUCACCCUCCGUUACUGCCACUACAGCACCACCUCGUCUAUAGCCUGACGUCCCUGCCACCAACACCCCCUCUAGCACACACACACUGCCUGUGAAAGGAUUGAGUUAGUCCCUCACUACGUGGCCAUUCCUGACCCCAGGAGUGACUGGCAGAUCUUACUUGUCUCCCUGCCACUGCUGCGGCUCCGGCGGCGCUCAGUAUUUUGCUGGUUAUUCUAAUGUAGCGCCUUCCAAUGUAGGGAUUUCUCUAUAUUUUGAUUUGAUUGUUUCUUAUGGAUCCACCAGUAUUUUAUCUGGAGAGUUUUGCUGAGCUGGUUUCUGCUGAUUUACUGAGGAAGCUCAUGAAGUUGGUGACAGCUUGUUCUUUUCUUCCCUCCUCCCUCCAUCUGUGCACAUGCAGCAUCAUCUUCUGUGCUAGUUACCUGAACUCUUCUCACAGUGGCAGUUCAGAGGGAUUUUUCUUUUUUAAUUUUAUUUGAAUCCUGUUUAUUAAAAAGGUCUCUUCCACCUCCAUAAA